AUGUUGCAACAAGAAGAAAAAGGCUUCUCCCAGCUACCAUCCGAAAUUUGGAUGCACAUCUUUAUGUUUUUAGAUCCAUUGGGUGAGUGUAUGGAAGAACCGACACACGAGGAAAUUUCUCGGAAUGGUUCCAAUCCUAUGGAUCAAAAAGAAGUCAUUGUUGAGAAGAGUCGGAAUCUUUAUCUCAAUAAUUUGAGAGUUUGGAAUGAGAUGAGAGCAAGGAAUAGAAUUAUAUUUGAUGCAUUCAAAUUCACUUGUAGAGAAUUGGAUUUGCAUCUGCUCUUUGAGAACGACAUGAGAUUAAUUCAACAAGCGAUUGAAUACGUAAAUCCUUUUGAAAUAAAGAAAUCAGCCAAUGCCGAUUGGAAAUUUCUGAAUAGCGAUGGAGCUGAUGAUGAUUAUAAAUUAAUGAAUAGCGAUGAUAACGAUGAUGAAACCAUGGUUCAAAACAUUUCUAAAAUUCUGCACAAACAAGACAUUAUUUGUAAACGAUAUUUAGUGAAUGGAAUUGGAAAUGGAUUUUCAGCUCUCCAAAAGUUGACAUUGGAUCAUUUGUACCGAUUACAAGAUGAUCAAUUAGAGGAACUAUGCCAAAGGCUCCCAAAUUUAACCUAUUUGUCGAUUGUAAAUUGCAAUCAUCUCAAAAAGUUUGAUAUGAACAAGUGUGCAAAAUUAGAACAUAUUGUCAUUCAUGUGUAUCAACUCGAGCUACGUAUAGAGUUGAUGAGGCAAAAGUAUCAACCAGAACGUAUGAAUCGUGUUAGAGAUAUUCAUAUUGAUGUUGUUGGAGGUUUAAACUUGUGGCUAACCCCUACGAGUACUACUUCAGGAGAUUCAUCACCCAAAUACUCGGCACCAUUCUGUUACAAAUACCGAGUCGGUGAUAUGAAACGAAUUUAUCAAUACAUGUUUGGAAAGGACAUUUCACAGAUGCAAUUCAUAUGGGCUGGUAAAGAAUUAAUGAAUGAGCGAUAUUUGUUGGAUUAUUGUGUGAUGAAGGAGAGUAACAUUUGGGUGUGCUUUGUGGACAGUCACAAGUAA